AUGCCGGGCUCUGGACCAGGCGCCAUGCAGCUCCUCAAUGGUCCCAGUCCAGUCUCUCUUGCUCUCCCUGGUGCUCUGCUGCUGGAGCCCAGCCCAAAGCUGAAGCCAAAGUUAAGUGUCUUGCUGAACAGUUCAAACAAGACUGUGCAAACGGGAAUUCUGAUUGGCUGCUCAGGUCUCUCUCGGGGUGUGGCCUUCAUUCGUUAUGAUAAGAGGUCGGAGGCCGAGGAUGCAGUUAAACACCUGAAUGGACACGUGCCGCCCGGCGGCUCUGAGCCAAUCACUGUGAAGUUUGCUGCUAACCCCAAUCAGGGCAGGAACUCCAUGGUGAUGUCACAGCCAUACCAAGGUCAAUCACGGCGCUUUGGGGGUCCAGUCCAUCAUCAAGCACAGAGGUUCAGGUUUUCUCCAAUGACUGCUGACCACAUGGGUACAGGGGGUGGAGCCUCUGGGAGCCCGUCCUCCGGUUGGUGCCUGUUCAUCUAUAACCUGGGCCAGGAUGCCGACGAGGGAAUGCUGUGGCAGAUGUUUGGGCCGUUCGGCGCCGUCGUCAACGUAAAAGUGAUCCGUGAUUUCAACACCAACAAGUGCAAGGGUUUCGGUUUUGUUACCAUGGCGAACUACGAGGAGGCCGCCAUGGCUAUCCACAGCCUGAAUGGGUACCAGCUGGGAGACAAAGUCCUGCAGGUGUCCUUCAAGACCAACAAGGGACACAAGUAACCAGUCUACUGCAUUGGGUGGACAGGGCUAAGGAUCACAUGUUGUAGUUUUCCUUUUAGUUUUUUUAUUAGCAUGCACAGCUUUUUAUUUUUGAGGUGAAACUCGAUCCGACACAAUUCUCUGAACUUUCCUACAUCUGUCCUCAAAUUGGACCUGCAGGACAUUUGGAUCUGAAGGGUAUUUGGUCCUACAGGCUGAUUGGACCUGAGAUGUAUCGCUCCUGCACACUGAUGGGCGACUGCUAGCCUGAAACCAGAAGUAUUCUGCAGAGAUGGUUGGAGUUUCAGCCCCCAGGGUUCUGUUUGUUUUUUUCUUCUUUUUUUAGAACGUGACAGUCCAUUUUUAUGUGAAAACGUUUCCACCCCGCAGAAUUGAGCAAUCGGUAAAUCAAUCAUUAAAUGUCAUCUGAUGUGUUCUAGUGGCUGAAGGUUAAUAAAACUGCAUCUGAGCUGAGAGAGAUUUGAGGAGAUUCCUUCAGGUCAGCUGUCAGUGGAAAAAAAAUUGUCUCUUUGUAGAAAAACGAGCAGAACAGGUGGAAGACAUGCAGUAAUUUUACUUUUGUUAACGUUUUAUUUUUCAUCCUCAGUGUGAUAUUGAUUUUAAUAAUAAAUCCGUUCAUGUAAAACA